AUGGCGAUGUGGCCGUUUCGGCGCAAGAGCCGGAGGAAACGCUCAAGGGCCAAUACGACAGAGUUCGAGGACACUAGAACCAACCCCACUGCUGACUCGACAUUACCUGCUGCUGCGGCUCUCUUGCAGCAGCCAGCCAAGAAGCAGCGUACGUCGCCCAACAAGUUACAACGGAGAGCCCGGACAUACAGCUUCUCACCAGGCCGUAACGAUGCCAUCGGAGUGGACCGGCAGGGUAAAGCCAAGCGCGGGACUCUUUCCUCUGGAUAUCGAAAUGCCGGGGACGAUAGGGAGAAGGAGGGUAGGGGUGUCAGUGUCAUGGACGAACAUGUGUUCCAACGCGCACCAACACUACACAACAAGCGUGAUGGCGAUCAUUUGCCCCGGAAGAAAUCGAGCAAAAAACGGCGAAAGAACGACCCGCAGCGUGAGGCCGAGAUCAAGGCCAUGAGCAAUUUCAUGCCUGUUCGGCCCGCGACAGAAGACUGGACGGCCGGCCGCCCGAUGAAGAAAGAGACCAGGAGGGUCCGGACGGGCUUCAGCUUUGGCUUCAAGGGCGCUGCUAGACAGGAGUGGGAGAAGCAAAACCGGUCAUCUGACAUCUCUUUGCCAGUUCCCGAGUCCAUACACUCGAGCAUGUCAUCGGACUCGGAACAUAUUUCCUUCAGGGUCUCGGCACUAGAAGCCCUCGCACCCCGGCCAACGCUGCGAUAUACUACACAUCCAAGGCCAAGUGCCGGUACUGGCAAUGGUAGUGGAGGACUUUUCAGGCGGUCCUCUCAGCAACAGAGAAAACUCUCGGCGCCGAUCCCCGAAGCAACUCUCAAGGCGCACAAGCGCAUUGAUGAUUUUGCAGAUGAUCUCAGCGCCAGCGAGCUGCGCGAGCUUAUGGAACGGGAUAAGAGGAGGCGAGAAAGGAGAAGGCAACGGGAGCAGGAAAAGGUCGAGCAGAAGCUGGCCCGGCGGGCAGAGAAACAACGAGAUGCGGCGGCUGAGGCUGUGGCGGAAGGCAGAGAAUCCCCGCCGAACCUGGAGCGGGGUGUACUUGGCCGAGAAGCUGUUGGUCUGGGCAUUGAUCCGGCAUCCGUUGUCGUCACUUCGUCAAGGAGACGGCAAACACACGAGUCCCCCAUACAAACAGACAAGCAUUCGGAUGACAAUGGCGAGGCAACAGAGGGCGAUCUGCAAGCGACCCCUUUGACAUCCUUCCAUCGAAUAAACAGCAUUCCCCUACAGACUCGGCCACCUCAAGUGGAAUCGGAAGAGCAACAGGUGCCAACGUUGAACAGUCCGCGGUCAAGGAGUUCCUUCCUUCGGUACGGACUUUCACGAUCAAAGUCACCCCAAGAGUCCGAAGCCAAAACAGAGCACUCGGAACCCCCUCAAAAAGGAUCGGAAACGAGCAGCUCCAAAGGCCCGCUCUCCUGGGCGUCUUUCUUUAGAUGGGGCGGGAAGAACAAGCGAGGUUCCGCAGAGCCAUCCUCUUUCUCCAACACAUCGCGCGACUCGAUGCAGACAAUGCCACUGCCAACCCCGCCAAUCUCGUUCGUACCACGCCGCCUUAGCUCGGGGGUGCCAAAGCGCACAAUGUCUCGCUUCCGAGAAGAUCUCCCAGAAUUACCGUUGUCGCCCCCAGACUCUCGUCUUCAAUCCCCGGAAGCCGACCCCAUCCCCCCAACAAUUGCAGAAGCUUCGCCGGCCCACGUCGAUGAGGAGUCGAUGACGUAUGAUCCGCCGGCCCCUAAUGCUCGGUACGACACCCCCGCAUCGGAGCAAAGGUCCAUGGAGGCCAUGCGCCAGACUCCCUCUACUUUUGGCCAUCCGGAUGAGCCAGGGGUGUCGCCCGAGCCCCAGUCAAUGUCUCUCGCAUCGAUAGACUCCGAGGCAUCUUGGCUCUCGGGCCGACUGUCCAAAAAACGAAAGUCAUCGGGCAUCUUACAGACAUCCCCUUACAUGCAGCUUCCCAGGCGAACAUCGGAAUCUGACAACGAUCGCCCUGUCGAGCAAGAUAACACGAACGAGGACAUAUCCAUCGCCGAUGACGAUUACUUGUCCCGGUUUACUCAACCAAGUGCCGAGCGACGGAAUCGCAAGUCCACUGGCGAGGCACGGCCGUCGAGCGAUGGGGAAGAGGAAGUUCACUGGGGCUCCGUUGGAGGGCACCCUAUGGUUGUCCAUACCCACGUUGCCGAUCGCAUGAAGAGCCGCGAGGGCCUGCUAAAAUCCUUUGGCGAAGAGGCCGAGAGUGAAGGUUUGCCUGCCUCUCCAAACGCCGGUUCCCCUGUGAGCGACAUCGGCGAUGAAGGUGAGGGCGAAGCUCUGCAGCGGGCGACAAGCAUCAAUCUAGGGAAAGGGCACGUAAGGCACAUAAGCGCCGGCAGUGCACGACUUCUCUCCAUCAGCCCACGGUCGUCGGUCGACGCGCGGCAGGCGAGCUUAUCGCCAAAAUCCGAGACGUGA